CUUUUUUUCUCUUCUGAAACUUGUAUCUGGUCGGUUCAGACGUUUGCAUUAAGGCAGCUACACCUGUGCAGCAUGCCCUCUUUGUCCCCGCAAUGGGAACUGUCAGGCCUGAGUUCCAGUCCGGGUUGCCACUAACCUUAUGGCAGUAGGGAAUGAUCUCUCUGGAUUCCAGUGUCCUCUGUAAAGUGAGAGGCUUUCGAAAAUUUAACAACCAAGAUUGCUUCCAGGGCAGAAACCUAGAUCCAUUUGUGACACAUGAUCUUCGUAUGGAGGAGCAUGAAUCAGAAGCUACUGAAGCUGGAGAACCUGCUACGGUUUCACACUAUUUGUAGGCAGUUGCACAGCUUGAGUCAAAGAAGACUAUUUGCAUGGCAGAAGCAUGGGUUUUCACCAGCUUAUCCACUGUGGACAGAGCAGCUGUGCGCCCAGCCCCGGCAGACAAACCUGUUUGUUGGUGCUUCAUUAUGUCAGCACAGACUUUUUGUAACAAACAAGGAAAAAAGACCAUCAAGAUCUCAGUCAUCUUCAAUAAAACCUAAAAGGAAUGUAGAAGUAUGGGUUGGAAUGACUGUUGAAGAACUAGCCAGAGCAAUGGCAAAAGACAUAGAUUAUAUAUAUGAAGCUUUAUUGAACACUGCUGUUGACAUAGAUUCACUAGAAGCAAACUCACAUUUAGAUGAAGUCUGGAUCAAAGAAGUAAUAAAGAAGGCAGGUAUGAAGCUGAGAUGGACCAAAUUAAAACAGGAGAAAGUAAGAGAAAACAAAGAUGCUGUAAGAAGGCCCCAGGCAGACCCAGCUUUAUUAACACCAAGGUUCCCGGUUGUUACUAUAAUGGGUCAUGUUGAUCAUGGGAAAACGACGUUACUUGACAAACUUCGAAAAACUCAAGUGGCAGCAAUGGAAGUUGGAGGCAUCACUCAGCAUAUUGGUGCCUUUCUUGUCUCUCUGCCUUCUGGAGAAAAGAUAACCUUUCUUGAUACUCCUGGACAUGCUGCCUUUUCAGCAAUGAGAGCCAGAGGAGCUCAGGUCACUGACAUUGUUGUGUUGGUUGUAGCUGCAGAUGAUGGGGUGAUGAAGCAAACUGUAGAGUCUAUUCAGCAUGCCCAAGAGGCACAAGUUCCUAUUGUUCUUGCAAUAAAUAAAUGUGACAAAGCAGAUGCUGAUCCUGAAAGAGUGAAGAAAGAGCUUCUGGCUUAUGAUGUGGUGUGUGAAGAUUAUGGUGGCGAUGUUCAAGCAGUGCAUGUCUCUGCACUUACGGGAGAUAAUCUGACUGCUUUGGCAGAAGCAACAAUUGCUCUCUCGGAAAUGUUGGAACUGAAAGCAGAUCCUACAGGUCCAGUGGAAGGAACAGUAAUAGAGGCUUUCACCGACAAAGGAAGAGGUCCUGUUACAACAGCUAUAAUUCAAAGAGGAACUCUAAGAAAAGGCUCAAUUCUAGUUGCUGGGAAGAGUUGGGCAAAAGUUCGACUAAUGUUUGAUGAAAAUGGAAAAACACUUAAUGAGGCCUAUCCCAGCAUGCCAGUGGGAAUCAUUGGCUGGAGAGACCUCCCUUCUGCAGGAGAUGAAAUUCUUGAAGUAGAAUCUGAGCCAAGGGCCCGAGAAGUUGUUGAGUGGAGGAAGAUUGAGCAGAAAGAGGAAAAAGGCAAAGAUGACUUGAAAAUAAUUGAAGAGCAGAGAAAGGAGCACCAAGAAGCACAUCGGAAAGCCCGUGAGAAGUAUGGCAGUCUGCAUUGGAGGAAGAGGUCAUACAUGAAGUAUCUUGAAAGAAAAGAACAAAGACCCUUAAAGCCCAAGGAAAAGGCAGAAAAGGACUCAAAUGUGCUUUCUAUAAUCAUUAAAGGUGACGUUGAUGGGUCUGUGGAAGCCAUCUUGAACCUUCUGGAUACCUAUGAUGCUUCCCACGAAUGUGAACUAGAAUUAGUACAUUUUGGAUUAGGUGACAUUAGUGAAAAUGAUGUCAACUUUGCUGAGACAUUUGAUGGUGUUAUUUAUGGCUUUAAUGUGGAUGCAGGCAAGGCUAUCCAGCAAUCAGCUGCACAAAAGGGAGUUAAGAUUAAACUUCACAAAAUCAUCUACCAUCUUAUUGAAGAUUUGCAGGAGGAACUAAGCAGCAGAUUGCCCCACAGGCUGGAGGAAUUCCCAAUAGGUGAGGCUUGCAUACUAGCUACCUUCUCUGUAACAGAAGGGAAGAGAAAAGUUCCUGUGGCUGGCUGCAGAGUUCAAAAGGGACAGCUAGAAAAACAGAAGAAGUUUAAAUUAAUCCGAAAUGGACACGUGAUUUGGAAGGGCUCAUUAACCUCACUGAAACACCAUAAAGAUGAUGUUUCAGUCAUCAAAACUGGAAUGGACUGUGGUCUUAUUUUAGAUGAAGAAAAAGUAGAAUUUAAAGUGGGAGAUGAAGUUGUUUGUUACGAAGAAAAUGAAGUUCCAGCCAAGACUUCUUGGGAUCCAGGAUUUUAAAAGUACAAUAAAAAUGAUAAAUGUA